AUGGCAGGGCUGCCCGUCGGUUAUACUCAAUCCGAUUUCCAAAUCGUCCAACCCCUUCACAUAAGAUAUUUGGAAGAGUGUUUCGCAGGUUGCAGGAAACAGGAACUUUUACAACAAAUAGGGUUAACUGCGGGACGACAAGGAAUACAGUUUACAAAAAUUACAAAAGACAGGUCAACAGUAUUUGUAGAAAUAUCAGAUUUUUCAAAUUAUCACAGAUUACGAGAAGAAGGGAUUAAUUUCUAUAACUCUGUAGUCUUUAGAGCUACGGAUGAAUCAGUGAUUAACGAUGACAUUAUUUACAAUUCAGAUAACAUAAUUCAAUGUUAUAGGUGUCAAGGAUUUUGGCAUACUGCGAAUACAUGCAAACAAAAUAUACGAUGUGUUCGAUGCGGUGAAGAACAUUCCGUGGAAAACUGUAACAGACCAAAAUAUAAUCCAAUUUGCUGCAACUGCAAAGGACCCCACCACGCAGCUUAUAAAUUAUGUCCCGUUAGAUUAAAAUUGAACAAAUCUGUAAGAAUUUCUUUUUCUUUCUGCCAAUAACAAUACAUACCUACGUAUUCAAAUUGACCAUUUAAAUAAAAAUUAAAACGUG